UGUGUUGUGCUCUGAAGGUUUUGGAUAAUUUUUAUUUUUUGUGUUAUUGUAGCUAAUUACAGCUAUUUUUUUCAUUCAAUGAUAUAGUUGGUCAACUAAUCGAUCUCCGUCAUGGCAGAUGAAAAAACCAUCAAAUUGAUUCACAAAACGUUCAACAUUUAUGGUCUAUCGAUAACAAAGAAACUUAGUACAAUCGUAGCUAAACACUUGCAGAGUAAUCCAGAGCUAGAUCCAGAGAGCUGGUUAACAAGAGUUGUAGAACAAAUUUUAACUCAGAAUUUGACCACUCCACAGGUGGAUAUUGAACACAUAAAACUUGCCAUAAAAGAGUGUAUCAAGCCAGAAAGUACCUUGCAAGAAACAGAGACUGUUUUAAAUGUCAUAGAUGCCUUUACAGUGCCAAAAGUUGUUUAUGACUUGAACAAGCAAAAAUAUGUGAUAGAAAAGGCCGAUUUUGAUUUAUUUCCUGAUGCCAAACACAAAUCGCUCGUGUUCAAAGAACGUUUAGAUUUAUUGUGGUACAAAACACUAAAACACCCAAUUUUUGCUCCUUCUAAAUUGGGGCGCACUGACGAAAAUAAGCUGCAAUUAGUUCCAAUUGAAUAUUUAUUAAGCGAAUGUAAGACAAAAAAUGUUUGUAUUAUGGGUUUGUUGUCGCAGAUAACUGAAGGACACUUUUACUUGGAAGAUUAUGGUGGAUCAGUCAAGUUAAAUCUGAAAAAAGCCAGUUUUAACUCUAGUUUGGUUGUGGAAGGUUCAAUUGUUUUAGCCACUGGUAAAUACUCAGAUAAAGUAUUGCACGUAGACAAUAUUGAUUUUCCACCACAUGAAGCUCCAGACGAAAGUAGAGUGAAUUUUGGUGAUGCCAAUGUUUUUGGUGGCCCCCAUCCAUUGUCGUUGAGAUUUUCAGAUAAAUUAAAAUUGUUCGAAGACAGUAAUUCGGCAAAUUUUUUCGUUUUUAUUUCAGAAUUUUGGGUAGACAAUGAAGUAGUUUUAAGUAAAUUUGAAAUUUUAUUAUCUGGUUUCUCGGAAAGUCCUCCUGUUGCCAUUGUACUGUGUGGACAUUUUUCCAAUUCUACAUCAAAUGUUGCAAGUGCUAAAAAGUUAAGAGAGGGGUUUAAAAAAGUAGCUGGAAUCAUUAGUCGAUAUCCACUGAUACAUCAAAACACUAAAUUUAUAAUCGUGCCUGGACCUUUUGAUUUGAGUGCUCCGAAAAUUUUACCAAGAGCACCUCUGCCAAAGUAUAUAAUGGAAGAUUUUUUGAAAGUAGUUCCAGGAACGUAUUUAGCUACAAACCCUUGCAGAAUACAAUAUUGUACAAAAGAAAUUGUUGUUUUUAGAGAAAAUAUGUUGUCCAAAUUGUCCAGAAAUACUCUAUGUUAUCCUAAAAAGGAAAUAGAUGAAAACGGCCAAGAGAGAGGAGAAAAAGUUUAUGAAGCUUUUGCUAAAUCGAUUAUUCGCCAAUCGCACCUGACUCCGUUAUUAUUUUCAACGAUUCCUGUAUACUGGAAACAUGAUCACGCACUUCAACUUUAUCCAACACCGGAUUUACUUGUUGUGGCUGAUGAUUUUCAAUCUUAUACCACAAAGUACAAUGAAUGCCAAGUUACAAACCCAGGAUCAUUCGUUAAGAGUAAUUUUUCAUUUAAAGUGUACUGUCCAAAAGAAAAUUUAGUUGAAGACUGUGAUAUACCUGAUGACACUGAACUUUAAGAUAAGGAACCAAAAAAAUAAAUUAAGUGAAUGGGCACG